GUGACGUUGUUCCACUUCCAUCGACAAUUGCUGUAUUGUUUUGAUUCUGAGAGUUCCAUGGCAAGCUGAUUCUGUUUUGGUUUUUAGCUACAAAAAGAACAAGUUAAAAGAGGCAGAGGCAAUGGAGGAGCAGACGGGCUCCCCUGGUAACACGGAUAACAGCAGCCAGAGGAAUGGAGAGGAGAAACCCCGGCGCAGCAACUGGACCAAGGGCCGUAAGAGGAAGAAGCCAGUAAAGGACAGCAAUGCCCCCAAGGCGCCGCUGACUGGUUAUGUGCGUUUCAUGAACGACCGGCGUGAGCAGUUGAGGGCUGAGAGGCCGGAUGUGCCCUUCCCAGAGAUCACCAGGAUGCUGGGAAACGAGUGGAGCAAGCUGCCCCCUGAAGACAAACAGCGCUACCUGGAUGAGGCGGAGAGAGACAAGGAGCGGUACAUGCGUGACCUGGAGAAAUACCAGAAGACCGAGGCCUACAAGCACUUCACCCGGAAGGUCCAGGAGAAACAGAAGGGCAAGCGACACCGGGGAGCGAGCUGCUCCUUUGUACUGCCGUUGGACGAGCUUCCGUUGAAGCAUCAAAAAGACAGGCCAGAUACAAUGUCCCAUUGGAAACUGUGCGACUGGAAAUAUGGUGGGCACCUGGUAUCCAAUGAUUCCCUUCACGAGAAGGACACAGAGGGCAAGGAGAAAUCGGUUUUUGACAUUCCCAUCUUCACAGAGGAGUUUCUCAACCACAGCAAAGCGCGCGAGGCUGAGAUGCGGCAGCUGCGCAAGACCAACAUGGAGUAUGAGGAGCGAAAUGCGGCCCUGCAGAAGCACGUGGAGAGCAUGCGCGGCGCGGUGGAGCGCCUGGAUGGCGACGUGAGGCAGGAGAGGGGACGCAACGGGCUGCUCCAGCAGCACCUGGAGACCCUGCGCCAGGCCCUUACCAGCAGCUUUUCAUCGGUGCCCCUGCCUGGCAGUGGGGAGACCCCCACUCUGGACACCAUUGACUCCUACAUGAAAAAGCUCCAUGGUAUCAUCCUGAGUAACCCACAGGAGCAUGACAACCUCAUCGGCACCGUCAGAGAGGUGGUGAAUAGGCUGGACAGGUAAUUGGAUUCAUCCAUUUGGCUUUUUGGGUAAGAGGGAAUGUGAGAAUUCAAACCUCCUCCGGACCACUUCAACGUCUGGUUUAGUUUAGUAUCAUCACAAGACGUUGAUUAAAAGAAAAACACCUUUUAUUAAAUUUAGUGAAGUGAAAAUCUGUUGGAUUAUUUAUUGUUUGUUAUUUUUUUCUACUUUUUUGUACAUUGUUGACACUGUCAGUGUAGUUAAAUGUUUUAUAGAGAAUGCCAUUCUAGAGAUGUCAAGAUGUCAGUUCAACACUUUGUACUUUGUGUCAUUCAAACCCCAUUCCAAGCAUGAACAACUUUUUUGCUACUGUGUCAACACAAUUACAUGCAUUUGGUUGACAUGUGGAUUCAAUUAAGCCUGUAUGCAUCCAAUUUUUUUUCUAUGGGUCCCAUAUUUUCUAAAGCCAUGAUUUUAGUCUGUUCUUUAUAUGUUUGCUGAGUUAGGAAGAAUUAUCAACACGUGUUAGUGUUGAAUUACACUUCAAUCUAAGGUGAUUUGUAGCUUUGUCACAAAUACAGUGCCAGUUCAAAUUUCAAAGCUUUGCAUAUUUCAAACUCAUGCAUAUCUUCAAUAAAAUGCAUUUACAGAACAUUU